CACCCCUGAAUUGCUAGCUGAAAAGGGUGUGUGCCCUCCCUUCCAUUGCAGUCGGUUCGGUCGAGUCGAAUCCCCUGCUCCUCCUUGGGUAGGUAGGGUUUCGCGUUCCUCCCUCUGAAUCCGCCAUGGCCGAUCCCGACGAGCUCGGCCGGAGGCUUAAUGCUGUCGGCGUCUCGGACUCCCCCACCGCCCUGGAGAGCAGCAGCAACAACCUCUUCCAAGUGAUGCGCGCCGUGGAGGACGCCGAGGCUACCAUCCGGCAGCAGCUGGAGGAGAACAGUCGCUUGAAGGACGAGCUGAUGCUCAAGACGCAGGAGCUCCACAGAAUUAGGUCAGAAGCGACAAACCAAACUUCAUUUCGUGGGAUUGAUCAGGAUCGCACUCUCGAGACUCACAUAAACACCUUCCCAAGUGCUCCGCUUGGCAAUAAGACAGAGGCCUCAAAAUGGUUCACUACAAGUUCUUCGCCGCCAAUUCAACAAAGCACUCUUCCUGGUCAUCAGAAUGGAGCUGGGGAUCCCAUGUUGGAGGAUGCCAUGAAGCACAAAUACCUCGAGGCCAGCCAGGCUAAUGGAAUACCGAGGAAAUUUUCAGGGGACCAGAGUGCUGCUGACAGUGGUGUCCAAUCCCAGCUAUCUACUCCGACAUCUCGUUCACUUUCACCAACUAGAAACCGCAAAGAAGGAGACUAUGAUUCUAGGUUCAACCUAGCUGGACAAGGUUUGUUGCCUGUGUCAGAGCUGAACUCAAACAUCAUCUGGAAGCAGGAUCUUCUUGCUAAGGUUAAAGAACAUGAGGAGGAGAUUGCACAAUUAAGAAGGCAUCUCGCUGAUUAUUCUGUGAAGGAAGCCCAAAUACUUAACGAGAAACAUGUCUUGGAAAAGCGCAUAGCAUAUAUGCGCAUGGCGUUUGAUCAGCAGCAACAAGAUUUGGUUGAUGCUGCAUCAAAAGCUUUGUCCUACAGACAAGAUAUUAUUGAAGAAAACAUCCGUCUGACAUAUGCAUUACAGGCAGCGCAUCAAGAGAGAUCAACAUUUGUAUCGUCUUUAUUGCCUCUUCUAUCAAAAUAUAACCUGCAGCCUUCUGUUCUUGAUGCUCAAUCUAUUGUCAGCAAUCUGAAGGUUUUGUUUAAGCAUUUGCAAGAGAAACUUAUAAUUACUGAGGAAAAACUGAAGGAAUCACAGUACCAGAUUACUCCAUGGCGCGCUGAAUCUUCAAACAAUACAAGUGCUGCUGCACAGCCGCCUUCUCAUCCUCCUAUCAAAGCCAACCUUGACAUUGUGCCCCAGCAAGCAUAUUCUCACGUACAAUCUCCAGUUUCUUCUCCUGCUCAAGGUAGACGUGAUUGGGAUUUGUUAGGGAAUGAAAACCGUCAGGUCAUCCCAAGUGAGGUUGCUGCAGCAAGUGCAGAGCAUGAUAGCUUUGGAAGGACCUCGCCUUCAACAAGUAACCAAAAUACGAAGGAUGUUGUCCCUCAAGGAUCUGAACAUGGUUCUCGUGUUGUCCGAUUUAAGUUCGAAUCCAAGGAUCAAAACCCCUCAUUCAAAGACCUCGUUACGAGUGAUGCCUCAGAAAAUCUUGAGGGAACCGAAGCCCAAAUUCCACAAGAACCUUCUACACAAUGGGGUUCUGGAGGCUCACCUAAUUUGGCGUCUGGCCUUGAUGAUGCAAAUCCACCAUACCCUUAUCUUCCGACCGUCCUUGAGGAGCCUAGUUCUUCUUUUUCUGAAGCUGCAGAGGAUGAUCCGCUGCCAGCCAUUGAAGGGCUGCGAAUCACAGGCGAAGCUUUUCCUGGAAGAGAACUUCAAGCAAGUGGGUACUCCAUCAAUGGGACCACAAGUUGUAAUUUUGAGUGGGUACGCCAUUUGGACGAUGGAUCAGUAAAUUUCAUAGAAGGUGCAAGGCAGCCCACAUAUUUGGUAACUGCUGAUGACGUGGACUCUUUACUAGCUAUUGAAGUCCAGCCUCUGGAUGACAGACAAAGAAAGGGGGAGAUUGUGAAGGUUUAUGCUAAUGAUCAAAGAAAAAUUACAUGUGAUCCUGAAACCAAGGAGAUCAUUAAGAAAAUUCUUUCAAUUGGGCAUGUUUCUUAUGAAGUUCUGUUACCUGUUAGAUUUUUAGAUAUGUGGGAACCAGCUGUUUUGGCAAUAAAGAGGGAAGGUUACAGCAUUAAGUGUAAUGGACAGCGCGGUGUCGUCAUUACAGAGAAAUUCCAGCAAGCCAUGACUAUCAAUAUCCCAUAUGGACGUCCUACUGAAUUUUCUAUUCUGUCUACUGAUGGAGCUGAGUACAAUCUAAAGCCUGCAGAAAAUGCCCCAUCACGAGAUACCAUUGUUCUAAUACUAAGGCUGUUCAGAAUGAAGGCUGUUGAGAAGAGCAAAGGAAGAAGAAAGGGCAUCUUCUUCAAGUAGAUCAGAUGUAGUAAUAUUACAUAGUGGGAGGAUGUGUGUUUGUAUUUAAUUGUGUUUUUUUGUGGUUCUUGUAUGUAGAAGGAAAGAGUGGGUUAGGCGUGGCUGUUUGCACUCACUGAUGUAUGUGCUGUAAAGAUUCGAUUCAAUUCAAUUGGUACAGUACCCAGUUUUACCUUAUUGUAAAGGGAGUAGAGGACAGGAGGAUCAAUUGGGAUUCAGGUGCAGAUGGCUCUGAUGCAGCUGCCUCUCUGUUUCUUUUAAUCUAUGCAUGAUGUGUCCCGUUUCA